UUUUUUUAAUUUAUUUUAUUAUUAUUAAAGUUCUCGAAGUCUGUGGUCUCUUUGCUUUUAUUUAUAAUCCGCCGUUUCAGAGGAAAGUUUGAUUGAUUCACACACAUGCAUGAUAGAGCUGGAAUUUAAUAAAGCAUACAUGGAACCUAGAAAUUGAAGCUUGCAAAAUUACAAAGGAAACUAGAAAGCCUUUAAAGCUUGUAUAUGUAGCAAGAAAAUUAUAUUAUAAACAUCAACCGUCUUCUUUCACCCCUCUCCCACCUCAGCAUCCCAGAUUAGAACUCACGAUUCAUGGAUCCCCCGCCCCUCUCACCCCUUCCUGCCACCGCCGCCACCAGCAUACACAUCAACUAUCCGGAGUCCGUCGAGUCCUCUCCCCGAUCCCACACGGCUGACACUUUCCAUGAGCCCCUACCACUCAUCCCAGGUGCCAAGCUUCGCCUAAUGUGCAGCUAUGGAGGCCACAUCAUCCCUCGUCCGCACGACAAGUCCCUCUGCUACGUCGGAGGUGAGACAAGAAUUGUAGUUGUCGACCGCCACUCUUGUCUUUCUUCCCUAACAUCUCGACUCUCCCACACUCUGCUUGAUGGGCGUCCUUUCACUCUCAAGUACCAGUUACCCCACGAAGACCUCGACUCUCUAGUCUCUGUAACCACUGAUGAAGAUCUUGAUAAUAUGAUUGAAGAAUAUGAUCGGAUAACUUCAUCUUCCUCGUCGGCUUUAGCUCCCUCUCGUAUCCGCUUGUUCCUUUUCUUUGGCAAGCCUGAAACUGCAGCGUCUAUGGGGCCACUUCUUGCUGAUGCAAAGUCAGAGACAUGGUUUGUGGAUGCACUUAAUGGUUCUGCUUUAUUUCAAAGAAAUCUCUCAGAUACUGCUACCAUGGAUUGCUUGGUGAAUCUUGAUAAUGAUCAUCAUCUUCAUGAGUCGGAGGCUCAAGCAGAGUGUGUAGAAGGAUCAGAGGGAGAGAAUAAGGAAGGAAAAAUUAAUGUACAAGUGGCAGUAGUACAUCAAGAUUUGCAGGCUAUGAUGCCAGACUCGCCAAUUGUGGAGAAUGGUUCGUCAUUUGGUUCAUCUUCUUCUUCCCCUUCAAUGUGCAACCUGCCUCCUAUUCGAGUUCGUGUGGAAGAUCGUCACAGAGUUAGCGCAGAGGAACAAUUUGCCCAGACGACAUUUGCGCAAGUUGUGCAGAAACAAGAUGAUGGUUAUGGCCUUCUAUCUGCUGCUUUGCCUCCUCUUCCUACAGCACUGGCUACGGUCGGAAAUGUGGCAGCGCUUAAUCCUGCAGGCGGUUCUAGCGAGAAUUUGAAUCGGGCUUUGUCAGAUGAUGAGAGAUCAGAUCAGGGUGUGCCAGUCACUUUUCGUAAACCACCAUUGCCUCUGCAGCCUGUGCAACACAAGCCUUGUGCCUUCGGUUAUAAUCUUCCUUCCCCAGAUUCAGUUGCAAGUGAUAUAAGCAAUGCAUCUGCAAAUUCUCUCUCGAAGCCCAUGUAUUAUCAAGAGCAAUCUCAAGCUGCAGUUGGAGACAGCAGGGCUCCUCUGAACCCAGAUACAAAAUCUGAAAUUCCAGUUCCAAGCUCUCAAAUUCAAAUCCAACAAGCUCAAAAUCCUGGGUACUCGUCGCCGACACAGUUCGAUCAGCAGCAACAGCAACAAUUGAUACACACCAGCACACAUUUUAUACCUCAUCCAGCCACAACUCCAUUGCCUAUAUCAUCUUACUACCCAAUUUAUGCUCCUCCUACUCCAUCACAGCAACUACAGCCACAACAGCCACUUGAUCAGCAGUACCCUGUAUAUGUAAUGCCCGUCGCCCAAACACAGCCUUACAUGUCUGUGCAAUCUAAUAUUAUGGAAACUGCAGCUACUGUAAUAGCCCCAAGCCGCCCACCAACACCAACUCCUAGCGUAAUUGCUGCUUCUGCAGCUUACAAGGAACCUUCACAUCCACCCCUUUACCCCACAAAGGCUGCAGCCAACAGCGCCGGUCUAGCUAAGCCUGAAACGGGUGCAGGUGUGUACAGAACAGCCGUGAACUCAACUCCAACAUUACUCCCAAUCCCAGCUGCUCAAUUUCAGCAACAAUAUGUGGGUUAUGCUCCAAUGCAACAAUUAUCUCAAUCUAUUGCCGUUCCUGCUGGUGCUAAUGUUAAUUACGGUUUUGAAUAUGCCAAAACGACACCGGAACAAGUCUAUUACGCUCAUCAGCUUCAAGCUUCCCAGUUGUCUUCUCAGUUCCAAACCAUGACCCCAGCUGCUGCUGUAGCUCUAGCUGAUGCUUCAAAUCAGCUCCCAACGAGCAACACCAUGCACCAGAUUGCAUCCUCACAGCCUCUCUGAAGUACCAUAUGUUGGUUCCUCUUCUUCUUGGUAAUAUUCUACUUUCAUUUUCAGUGGGAAAUAUGCAGAAGACUUAUUUAAUAAAAGUUCUGUACAAGAAAAUAUUAUUGAGAACCAAGAUUCAUAUACCGCUAUUUAUAAAAUAAAUUCAUCAACCAGUGGUUGAUUCA